GUGUUUUAUGGUAUUCAUAUCUCCUUUUGGAGGGAGGGAGAGGGGGGGAACCACGCGAAUCAUCAGACAGCAUGUGGGUCCACUUGAUUACCCGUAUAUUAUUUAGUGAAAUUUGUGGAAAUUAUGAGGUGCACACACAAAUCCGGUGAUAAACCUCUCUGCCUCCCGAUUGGCUGAGCAGGUCACAUGGGCGCCUAACUUUAUUCAGUUGACAGCAAGUAGGAGGGCUCUCUGGAAGGAGAAAAAAAGACAACACGAGAAAAAUUAGUAUUUUCUACCUUCCGAAAUUAAUGGCCAUGAGUUCGUAUAUGGUGAACUCUAAGUAUGUGGACCCCAAAUUCCCCCCUUGCGAGGAAUAUCUGCAGAACAGCUACCUUGCUGAGCAAAGCUCAGACUAUUACGGUGCCUCGCAAGGCUCUGACUUCCAGCACCAGGGAAUCUAUCCACGGUCAAACUACAGCGAGCAGCCCUACGGUUGUAGCAAUGCCCAGGGCUCGGCAGUGCAGCCGCGGGGUCACGGGCAGGAACAAUCCGGCCCAGCGAGCCACUUCCCCGGGCAGGCUGAGCACUGUCCCCCGCCUCCAAUGCCCGCCACGAGGACCUGCAACCAGCAGCCCAGCCUCAAAAGCCCCAACGGGUCAUCGCCACCAACAGCAGCAGGAGCAAUGAAGCAGCCAGCGGUGGUUUACCCUUGGAUGAAGAAAGUCCACGUUAACUCAGUGAAUCCUAAUUACACCGGAGGAGAACCGAAGCGCUCCAGGACAGCCUACACGAGGCAGCAAGUCCUCGAACUGGAGAAGGAAUUCCACUUCAACCGGUACCUGACUCGGCGCCGGCGGAUCGAAAUCGCCCACACGUUGUGUCUCUCCGAACGCCAGAUCAAGAUCUGGUUCCAGAACAGGAGGAUGAAGUGGAAAAAAGACCACAAACUGCCCAACACCAAGGGCCGGUCCUCUAGCUCUUCCUCGGCCCCCAGCCAACACUCACAGACUGUCUCCAAGGAGCAUCAGACAGACUUGACAACUUUGUAGGGAACUUGGAAGAUGGUCCGUUUCAGACCCGGUUGAUUCGGAACUGAACUGUCCAGGAUACACAAACAAACAUACAAACAAGCACCCAAGCAAACGCACAUGCCGGCUAAAAGCAGAAACCUGCACGUAGCAGCCAACAACUCCCAAAUUGUCCUCAUCCUGCUUUAAGGUACUGAAGACAAACCCAACGAUAUUAUGGACUUCGUAGGAAUAAUGCAAAACAGCACAACCAUUCACACUCAAACAAACUCUGCAUCCAGGUGGUGAGAAAGUGAUAAUUAUAAAUAUAUAGAUAUAGAUAUAUAUACAGAAAGAGAGAGAGAAAGAUAGAUAAAAAUAUUUUUAAAAUAAAACUCCUCUGCCGACACACAGCUAUUGCACCAUUACAAACGGAAUCGCAUUGUGUUGUUUCGUCUGGGAUCUCCAAGGAGAGAGGUUUUUUGGGGUGGUGGUGGAAUUGAUUCUCUUAAUUUCGUUAUUUCUUCCUCCCCACCCCCCAAUGCCAUUCCGGGUUGUGCAUUUGGGUAAAUCCUAAACCGAAGUCUCUGAAAACCUGUGAACUCUUCCCCUCGUCCCCCGCUCAUCUCCGCUGUUACCGUUAAUUUUUUUGUUUGUUUCUUAAGGGGAGGGGAAAGCGUUUCCAUUCUUCUAACUUUUCAGAAAUAUUUAAUACAAAUAUGAUGUGAAACGGGUUAUUUUGUUGUUAUUUUUUGUACUGUAUUAGCGUAUUUAUUUAUUUCUUGUUUAGGAAAAAGAAAAAGUUAGAGAGACAAACCAAAAAGAGAGAGAGAGAGAGAGAACGCAAGCGUGUACUCUCCCUGCCUUUCAAUGUUAUUCAGUGUUUUUAUCUCCCAUAAAAAUAGAGAUCUUUCUCUCCCCCCCACUCCCUGACCCCGUUUUUUUUAAAAAAAAUUCUUCUGUAUAUAGGCAAAUGUUUUCUAGCUUUUAGAGACGAGGAGCAAAGCAUUAUUAUCGUUUUUGAAUGAAAUGGAUUAAAAACGUUUCCUUUUG